AGCUCGCACAUAAAAUGCUGGAGUGGUUAAAGAUGUCUCAUGUUGUUAGAAGUUAAUAUGAAAUAAUUUGUUUAUCAACAAAAGUGUAUGUAGUUAAUUCUUAUUCUAUUUCGAAUCGAAUUACAUUAUGGUUGAUCACAAUAUAAUAAUGCAAAGAAAUAAGCCACUAAACAGUGUCCAAAAACAAAUACUUUUUAAAAAUGUUGAGGCAAAUCCAGAUGCAGCUGAUAGCAUUAAUAAAAGUGAACAUCAUAAGCAAUUUUGGGAACGACUUGCAAAAGAAUUAAAUAAUGUUGGUCCGCCUAUAAAGGCAAUUAGUGAAUGGCGUAAGGCUUGGAGAGAUCAAAAACGUUACAUGAGUCGUAGAGCUACUACUCACCAAAAGUUAUUUGAAGAUGGAUGUAUAUUAUCAUCAGAUGAAAACACUUCAGUUAAUUUUUUUGAUGUGGGAGUAGAAAAUUCAGAUGAAGAAUGUAUGCCACAUUAUAAUAACAUAGAUCUCGCAGCACAAAAUGAAUUAAGCGAAGAGCAAUACACUAAAUCCAUUAACAAUCACACACAUUUUGAACCCAAAAUAGACUUAACGAAUGAGGACUCAAAUUCCAGCAAUUAUGAAGAAACGGAACAACCAGUUCAGAAUAAUACAGAAAAAGAAGAUAACAUCCCACAAUAUUCACUGGAAAAUUUAAAUACUUUACAUAAUGAAGUGCUUAGUAAUACAAACAGCAUUAAAAAUUCCUUAGAUCGAAUGUUCGAAGAGAUGCAAAGACAUAAUUUGGAAAUGGAAAAUUUAAAAAAAAUUGAAAUUGAAUUUAAAAUGAAAAAGUUCCAGAAAAUAGUGGAAUUACAGGAAAGGAAAUUGCAAAGAUCGAAGAAAAAUAAUUAAAACUUACAAUAAUAUAUUGUAUACACAAUAUAAAAAAAAUAUUGAUAUAUACAUUAUAUCAUACAUAAAAUGAUCUGUUAAGUUUGGAUGCUAUACUAAUGUGAAUAAUAUUUAAAAAGUUUAUAGAUUAAGUUAAACUUAAAUGGAUGCACAAUUUUUUAUUUGAAAUUUAUUCAAAUUAGAAUUAAACUAUUAUAUUACAAUUUUAAAUUCACUACCAUAUAUACAUUUAAAGAAACAUUACCCAUAACUUUCGUGCAACGCGCAUAGUCUAAUGCGUUAGUUUGGGUAAAAAUCCAUUCGACGUUUUCUUGUUUGCUAUGGUUCGUUAUGCUUGAAAAAUAACACAAUAAUUGGUUAUUGCAUAUGAAGCACAGGUUUCUGAAAAGAUUUGUUAUAUUAUUAUUUUUAUUACAUUACACAGAUUAUUAAACCAAUAGGUGUUUUCAAAGACCAGAAGUAUAAUCUUCAUUAUCAUCCCCAUUUUCGAACAUUUUUUCGAAAUGAAAAA